UUCACAGGGCUGGGGAAGGAGGAGCUGCUGAGGGCUGCUGCCUCCCCUCCCUGGAGGAAGGCUCGGAUCUGCCUCCUCCUCCUCUUCUGGCUGGGCUGGGCAGGGAUGCUGGGGGCUGCUGCUGCCAUCGUGGCCAGGGCCCCCCCCUGCAGACCCCUCCCCAGCAGGCACUGGUGGCAGCUGGGGGCCCUCUACAGGGCACCCCCAAAGCAGUUUGGGGGGGACCUGAAAGGGGUUGCAGCUCGCCUGGAGCAUGUGGCAGGGUUGGGGGCUCGGGGCCUGAUCUUGGGCCCCCUGCACCCCCAAAAUGCCUCUGAGUGGGGGGGCUCCAAACUGCCCCCCCUGGACCAGCUGGAGCCAAGUUUGGGGUCCUUGGAGGAUUUUGGGGACCUCCUGCAGGCAGCCAAGAAGAAAGGGCUGCAGCUGCUUGUGGACUUGACCCCCAAGUUUGGGGAGGGGCUGGUUUGGGGGGGCCUGGCUCAGCACCCCCAGUUCAAUGAGCACAUGAAGGGGGUGCUGAGCUCCUGGCUGCAGAGGGGGGUUGGAGGCUUCCUGCUGGACAGCGUCGAGGAGCUGCCGCUGCAUCUCCUCUCCGAGUGGCAGAAUCUGACCCAGGCCCAGCCAGGCCCUGAGGGAGGCUCCAGGGUGUUGGUGGGGGGCAGUCAGCUCCAGUCCCACCCCCAGCUGCUGGAGCUGCUGCAGCGCCUUGGGGAGGGGGCUCCGGGGGGUCCCCUCCUGGGGCGCUUCCAGGAGGCUUUGGAGGGGACCCCAGCAGCCAAACUUGCUCCCCAGCUUCUCAGCUUCCUGCAGCCGGGGGUCCCCCUGGUCUGGAGUGUGGGCUCCCCCUGGCAGCACCUCACAAGCCUGCGCCCCCUGCUGGCUCCCCAAGCGCUGCUGCUGCUCUGGGCCCUGCCUGGGACCCCUGCCCUCAGCUAUGGGGAUGAGCUGGGGCUGCAGGACCUCCCCGGGGGCCCCCAGCCUGGACAGGUAUCCUUGACGCAGAUGCCCUGGGAGCUGCUGCAGGAGCCCGGGAACAGCUCGCAGCUGCUGGAGCUGUGCCGCCAGCUGGGGGCGCUGCGCUCCCGGGAGCGCUCCCUGGCCCUGGGGGAGGCUGAAGCCCUGGACGCAGGCCCCCAGGCCUCCGCCUUCCUGCGCAGCUGGGACCAGAGCCAGAGGUUUCUGGUGCUGCUCAACCCUGGCCCCCAGCCCCUCACCCACAUCUCCCUGCGGGACCCCCGGGUCCCCCCCAGCCUCACCCUGCGCCUCAGGACCCACCAGCCCCUGCCCCCCGACCCCCAGAUCAAGCUGGAGGAGCUGCAGCUGGAGCCCUAUGAGGGGGCCCUGCUCAGCUUCCCCUACACCUCCUAA